UAGCAUGCAUAUCUCAACAUACUUCUCUACAAUUAAAACAUUUCAAUCUCUAAAUCAAUAUUGGCUUUAGAUAAGUUCAAACGUGCUGAUAUAUAUAUUUGCCUUUUAUUGUUUGAUCCGUGACAAUGGCUUCAAUGAAGAUUUUAGCUGUUGUUUCUUUGCUUGUUGCAAUGAAUGUUAUUGCAUGUGAAAGUAGAGCAGCAAGAAAGGACCUUGGGUUGGACUUGGGUGGUGUGGGAAUAGGGUUGGGUGCUGGUUUAGGACUUGGACUUGGUGGUGGUGGUGGUGCUGGCUCUGGUGCUGGUGCAGGGUCUGGUUCAGGGUCUGGUUCGGCUUCCACUUCAGGAUCAGGAUCGGGAUCAGGGUCUUCUGGAGCAGGUUCUGAAGCCGGCUCCCAUGCAGGAUCUCGUGCAGGGUCAGGGGCUGGGUCAGGAGCAGGUUCUGAAGCCGGUUCAUAUGCAGGUUCUCAUGCUGGGUCAGGGUCUUCUGGAGCGGGUUCUGAAGCAGGUUCUGAAGCCGGUUCAUAUGCAGGGUCUCAUGCUGGGUCAGGGUCUUCUAGAGCGGGCUCUGAAGCUGGUUCAUAUGCAGGAUCUCAUGCUGGAUCAGGAAGUGGAAAUUAAGUAAAAUCAUAUCCAUAUUAUAAUAAAACUUCACCUUCACUAUGUGAUGAUUAAGCAACAAUAUAAUUUCAAUAAUUAGUUCAAUAUACAUUUUGUAAUUCAAUUCUCCCCUUAUAUAUGCAUGUGUGUCCAUGGUUCAAUGUUUCUUCCUUUCUAUUUCUUUGUAUAAAUAAACAUUAUAUAUAUAAAUAACGAGCGGAGACUCUUGGUUCUCAUGCUAAAUUA